UGUAAAUAAUAUUAUUGACAUCUGUAAACGGUACCAAAGUUUGUAAAGAUGGCCAGGCACCUUAUAUUCUGUUCUGUUGCUGCUUUACUGAUUCAGGCAUCCCUGUGCAUCCCAUGCAACGGCCCCAAACCUGCACCAUGCAGUACCACCGUAUACAACAGCCAACCUAUCAUCAGCAACCAAGUGGUUUCAAGCCAGCCUUGCAAUCGGCCCGUGCAGACCCAGCUGAUCAACCAAGUGCCUCAAUACACCCAGGUCAUCUCCAACCAGAUCCCAAACCAGAUCGUUUCGUCUAACCAGUUCAGCUCUUGCAACCUGCCUACCAUCCCGAUCGCUGCGUCACCCGUCGUCGCCACCACUUUGAUCGACAAUUCCGUCUCCAACUCUCUGGCCAACGCUCUUCAACUCCUCAUCGUCAGUGACUUGAUCGAGAACACUUUAAACGCUAGAGAAUACGGCUACGGAAACUCCAUCAUCCAAUCACCGGUCCUGGAGUCUUACACUGAUUACGCGCCUUACGAUCAGUACAGCACAGUGAGUCAGGUCAGUUCGGUGAGCCAGGUGGUCGAUGUGCCUGGACCAGGAGUGGAGACCUACUCUUCCAGCUCUGCCGUCGCUGAGACUUACUACGGUGGUGACUCGUAUGGCUACGGAGGUUACCAGGAGUACAUAUCUCCUGUGGGGCAGUAUUCCCCGUGUUCUGCUGACGUGGUCUUCCCUUCAUCCAUCCCCGCUCAGCUGGUCUGCAACUUCGGUUAUGCUCCGACCACAGUGCCGGUUGUCAGUGUAGCUGUCGAACCGCUCCCGGCUAACGGCUGUGGGUGUGGAUGCUCUCCUAGUUAUUAUUAUUAAGCGUGGUUGUGGUUAAAUAAAUGUACAAAGAAGUA